AUGGAAAAAGUUCACAAAGAGAUUUAUAUGAUAUUGCAAGACAUCAUCGACGAUCACAAAAGCAUUCGCAAGGAAGAUAGCAAUGAUGAAGAUCUAGUAGAUGUUCUUCUCAAGAUUAAACAGGAAAAUUAUCACUCAGAACAUCCUUUAACGGAUGACAAUAUGAAAUCAAUCAUCCAGGACAUGUUCACUGCUGGUACCGAAACAUCGUCAGAGAUGGUAAAGAACCCAAAGUUUGUCAUCAAAGAAACACUGAGGUUGCAUCCAGUUGCACCAUUGUUAGUUCCAAGAGAAAGUAGGGAGAGAUGCCAAAUUAAUAGGCAUGAGAUCCCAAUUAAGACAAGAGUCGUUAUUAUUGCUUGGGCUAUUGGAAGAGAUCCAAGGUAUUGGGUUGAAGCUGAGAGAUUUAAACCUGAGAGGUUUGUUAAUAGCACAAUUGAAUUCAAAGGCACGGACUUUGAAUACAUACCAUUUGGUGCUGGAAGGAGGAUGUGUCCCGGAAUUGCAUUUGCCCUACCAAACAUUGAGCUACCUCUUGCUCAAUUACUUUACCGGUUUGAUUGGAAGCUUCCCAAUAAAAUGAAGAAUGAAGAACUAGAUAUGGCUGAGUCAUUUGGGAUUACUGUAGGUAGAAAACACGACCUAUAUUUAAUUGCUAUUAAUCGUCUCUGUAAUAUGUAUUAUCUAAGCAAACAAGUUCAGAAACGAUGUUCCUAA